AUGGGCAUAGAUAAUACACUAACUGUAUUUGGAAGAUUUAGUGGAAAUCCAGACUUAGAAUAUACCAUGCAACAACCUGAUUAUGACUCAGAAGCAAAUUUACCAAAAGCAUAUUGGAACAUAGAAUUCUUUAAAAGAAUAAAAUCAGUAAUAUAUACAAAAUUAUAUGAAGCAGUUAGAAGACUAUUAACAACAAACCCAAAUAUAAAUUGUUACUUUAGAGUAAUAGCAAAUCAAAAUGAAUUAAAUAAUCUAAAAGAUUUAACCAAUUAUCCAAUAACAGUAGGAGUAAACUACACUGUUGAUAACUGGCAUGAUACAGGAAAUGUAGGCAGAAGCCAAUGCACAUACCAAACAUCUCAAAUAUUAUUAAGAGAAUUAUUAGAUAAUGCAUAUCUAACAGAUGAAAUCCAAUUAGGAAGACAGAAAGAUUUCCAAAAUCUUAUAUACAAACCAGAUUAUGGUACAGAAAAUGAUGUAGACAACUUCAGAAAUAGAUAUGAAGAAACAAUGGCAUUAUUAAACUUUGCAUAUGCAGGAUGGAACCAAGGAGAAUAUGCAAGACUAUUAGAUAUAGUAUUAAUCACCUACAACUACCAAAUAAUGGCAAAGAGACCAUUAAACAAACAAGCAUUUUUUGAAGAAGUGAAUACUAUAUUUCAUGUAAAAAGGAAUGAAAUGAUUUCAAAAGGAGAAAUCAAGACAGGAUCAAAAAUUAAGAUCCAUAACUUCAACAAUAAUGAAAUAAAACCAAUGGACUAA